AUGGAGAAAGUUUUCGCCAAGAUAGCACAAGAUACCACCAAGUUCGAUCUUGGAGAUGAAGAAGGCUGGAGAAAGUUGUAUGAACCUUUAUAUCCCAAAGCACCGGACAAUGUCGGAAUAGUGAAGGACGAGCAAUACGGACCGGCCGAGCGUAACCGAUUGGAUGUAUAUUUUCCUGCCGAGGAAAAGCCGGGAGGACAUCCUGUUGUACUCUUCGUUCACGGAGGGGGGUUUUUCUCUGGAGACAAAGGAUGGAGUGAAAAGUGCUGGGGUAAUGUGGGAUUUUACUUUGCGCAGCGUGGAUUCGUCACGGUUCUCGCAAACCAUCGACUCGUCCCGCACGUUGUCUACCCUGGAGGGGCCGAUGAUAUGCAGCUUGCUCGGGAAUGGAUCUUUGAAAAUAUUGCAAAGCAAAAGUACGGCAGAGGAUCACCGGAGAAGGUCAUCCUUUUGGGUCACUCGUCCGGUGGGGCACAUAUCGCCAUGAACCUCUAUGCCGCAGGGGAUCCAAAGCGAGAAUCGAAAGUCCCACUGUUCCCCCCUGUCGCGGGUGUUAUCUACCUAAGUGUACCAUUCUGGUUUGAUCGGAGAAAGCCUGUGCGACAGAGGGUCAUCCGCCACUAUUAUGGAUCGGAUGCUGAGGAGGUCUGGGGUCCUGUUUCUGCCCUAGGUCUCUUCAGAAAUUUACCAGACGACUCUCCAUUGUUGGAUUCUGAGCAUUUGCCGGUCUACAUCGGAAGUGUCAAGUGGGAGGUAAAAGAAACAGCUGAUGCCACUGUGGCUUUUUUCAAUGCCUAUCGUGAACGGAGCAAACCUCCAGGAACGCUACCAGUGUUCCAUGUACAAGACAGACAUAAUCAUGUCAGCAACGUCCUAUCCAUUGGAACUGAAGAUUCUGCACAAGCGGAACGACUAUUGGACUUCAUGCAAACUUGUGUGGCAAAAGUCGAUCAAAGAAUUCAGCAUGAGAAUGGGACCAUUAGUAAGGAAAGUCUACGCUCUGGCCGCCUUUAA